UGAAAACUUUGUUGGAUCAUGGAUUACACAACCAUCAGCCCAUUUCUAUUCUACCUUCCUCUUCUCUUCCCUCUGUAUCUCAUCUCUAAACACUUCCACCGGAAAUUAAAGAACUACCCGCCGGCGCCGUUCCUCACCCUCCCCGUCGUCGGCCAUCUCUACCUUUUAAAAAAGCCUCUCCACAAAACCUUAACCAACAUUUCCAAGCGCUACGGACCGGUCGUCCUACUAGACUUCGGCUCCCGGAAAGUCCUCUCUGUCUCCUCUCCUUCCGCGGUGGAAGAAUGUCUGUCCAGAAACGACGUAGUUUUCGCGAAUCGCCCCCGCCUCAUGGUCGGGAAGUAUAUAGGGCUCAACUACACCGCCCUAGUCUGGACAUCCUACGGCAACCACUGGCGGAAUAUCCACAAAAUCGUCGGCGCCGAAGUCUUGUCCAAUAACCGCCUCCAUUCGUCCCACGAAAUUCGAUCAGAUGAGGUGAAAUCCAUGAUCAGAAAGCUGGACUCAUAUUCAAAAGCGGAUUCUCCGGCUGACAUGAAGGCUGUAUUUUGCGAUCUCAUAUCGAACAUUAUGAUGAGGAUAGUCACCGGAAAAGGUUAUAACGGCGACGAUAAGGAAGUGGCGGAUCGAUUCAAGGAGAUCGUAAGGGAGGUUUUCCUCCUAAGUGAGGCCACCAACGUCGGAGACUACGUGCCAUCUUUGAGUAGGCUAUCCGUGAAAUUGGAGAAGAGAUUGCGACAGGUACAGCUCAGAAAAGAUUCAUUCACUCAGGAUCUGAUUACAGAGUGUCGGGAAAGGAUGGUUAACCGCGGCGGCAGCGGGGAUGCGGCGGGGGAGAAGAAAUCGCUUGUUGAAGUGCUGUUGACGCGGCAAGCAGAGGAACCCGAAUGUUACGAGGAUGAAAUGAUCAGAGGUCUCGUGGAGGUUGUCUUAGGAGCAGGAACAGACACAUUAAUCGCAACAAUAGAAUGGACACUCUCACUAUUGUUAAACCACCAACAAGUCCUGAAGAAGGCGCGAAAUGAAAUUGAUUACCAUGUGGGACAUGCGAGGUUAAUUGAAGAAUCGGAUGUUGCAAAACUCCCCUAUUUGAAUUGCAUAAUGAAGGAAGCAAUGAGAAUAUACCCUGCUGCCCCUUUGGUAAUCCCACACGAGUCCUCCGAAGAGUGCAGCCUAGCAGGCUAUUGCAUCCCAAAAGGGACAAUGCUAUUGCUCAACUUGUACUCCAUCCAAAGAGACCCCGCAUAUUGGGAUGAGCCAGAAAGGUUUAACCCCGAAAGAUUUGCAGGCUUAGAAGGAGUUAGUAGUGCUAAAGACCAUGAGUAUAAAUGGAUGCCGUUCGGGUCUGGUAGGAGACGUUGUCCUGGAGAAGCGCUAGCAUGGCGUGUGGUUGGACUAUCAUUGGCGUCGGUUAUCCAAUGCUUUGAUUGGGAAAGAUUUGGAGGCGAAUCAGUAGAUAUGACUGAAGGAAUUGGUUUGACUUUGCCCAAAGCAUUUCCUUUGAUUGCUAAGUGUAAGACGCGACCUUUUGCCACCAACCUUCUUUCCACGUAUUCAACAACAUGAUUUUUUGUGUUGUUUGUUGUAGUGUAUACAUUAUUUCCAUUUAUUAUUACUCAUUCACUAUUGUUAAAUCGCACUUCAUCAAUUUGGAAUAGGAUCUCAUAGAGUUGCCCCAUUAUGAUGUUACUCAUGAAUCAACUAGGGGCCUGUUUGAUAAUGGUUGCAAUGGUUGAAAGUGUUGAAAGUAAUUUAAAUGACUGAAAUUUCUG